CAGCGGUGCCUCGUCGUGCUCCGGCGGUCGCACCUCCGCGGCGACUCGCUCGACGCGCUCCGGUGCCUGCCGGCGCCGGAGCUCAACAAGCGCUUCAAGAUCGAGUACGACGGCGAGAACGGCAUCGACUCGGGCGGCCUGACGAAGGACUGGUACCUCGCGCUGAGCCACGGCUUCGCGGACGUGAAUUUCGGGUUUUUCUCGAAGACGCCGGCCGGCGACCUCGAGCUCAAGCCGAGCGACGAGCAGGGGGGGCGGCCCGUCGACGACUUCAAGGCCCUGGGCCGCUUUUUAGCCAAGGCCGUCUUCGACCAGCAGUGCGUGGAUCUGCCGCUGGCCGCGCCCAUCUACAACGCGCUCCGGGGCAUCGGAUUAGAAGAAGAGCGCGACGCCGCGCCGGCCGUCGACCGGCCGUUCUACCGGUCGCUCCGGUGGAUCCUGGACAACGACCUGGGCGACGACGGCGGCGGUCUGGACGCGACGUUCUCCGUGCAGCGCGGCGACGUCGAGGUCGACCUCAAGGAACGGGGGCGGUCCGUCGCGGUCGUCGAGCGCAACAAGCACGAGUACGUGUUCCUGGUGGCGCGGUGGCGCGCGCGGCACGCGACGGCGAUGGAGAUGGACGCGCUCCUGGACGGCGCGGCGGAGGUCGGCGUCGUGCCGGAUUUGCUGCGGCGGUUUUCCUUGGAAGAGCUGGACCUGCUCGUGAACGGGCGGCGCGACGUCGACGUGGGGGAGCUCGAGGCGUACUGCCUCCACCAGGGCGAGGGCUUCGCGCCGGACCACGCCGUGAGCCUCUGGUUCUGGCAGAUGAUGCACGAGUUCGACGACGACAUGCGCGCGAGGGCCCUGGCCUUCGCGACGGGCUCGAACAAGAUCCCGCUCGACGGGUUUUCUCCGCCGCUCACGCUCACGCUCGACCCCCUGCGCGUGGACGCGCUCCCCGUGGUCCACACGUGCUUCAACCAGAUCGUCCUCUCGAACUUCACGUCCUACGCCACGAUGAAGAAGCAGUGCGCCUUCGCGAUACGCAACUGCGCGACCUUC